CUGACCUAUAUCGAGCACCACCAUUUCUGUUUUGCAGUGCUUGCCACUUGUUAUCUCGCAGGCAAACACAGCGUCAUUUUUUUGCGACUCGCAAAUCGCAGUGGGCCACUUGGCGGCGACAUUUGGCCGCGGCAGUCAUGCUGACCUUCGACCUCUAGACGAAACCGACCGAGCCGAGCAACGCUGGCCACCAAAAUGUCGUCGAGCACGUCAAGCCCUUUGAGCAGCACCACCCUGAGCAGUGUCAUGUCCUCGACGGCCGCCGCCAUCGUCUCGACUGAGCCGCCGGCCAUCGAGCCCAUCUUCCUGCAGACCAAGACCGCGCAGGGCAUCGCCGGCGCCUUCGUCUGGGUCGCCCUCAUCAUGACCUGCCACCAGAUCUACCAGCACCUGCGGUGGUACAGCAACCCCUCGGAGCAGCGCUGGAUUGUGCGCAUCCUCUUCAUCGUGCCUAUCUACGGCUUCUACUCUUGGCUUAGUCUCAUGUUUUUCAACAACGAGAGCUACUACGUCUACUUUUUCACUGUGCGCGACUGUUACGAAGCGUUUGUAAUCUACAAUUUCCUGAGUUUGUGCUACGAGUACUUGGGCGGGGAGGGCAACAUCAUGAGCGAGAUCCGCGGAAAGCCGAUUCGCUCGUCUUGCACAUACGGCACGUGCUGCCUGGUCGGCAAGACCUACACCAUCGGCUUCCUGCGCUUCUGCAAACAGGCCACCCUCCAGUUCUGCCUGAUCAAGCCGCUGAUGGCGCUCAUCAUCAUCAUCCUGCAGGCCUUUGGAAAGUACCACGACGGUGACUGGAGUUUCGCCAAGGGCUACUUCUACAUCACAAUGAUCUACAACGUUUCCGUCAGUUUGGCGCUGUACGGCCUGUUCUUGUUCUACUUUGCAACCAGGGACCUCCUCACACCGUUUGACCCAGUCCUCAAGUUCUGCACCGUCAAGUCCAUCAUUUUCCUCUCCUUUUGGCAAGGUGUUCUCCUGGCCGUUUUGGAAAAGGCGGGGGCGAUCGAGCCGGUGAUCGACAGCACGGGGGUGCCAACGUCUGCGGGUACCGUGUCCGCCGGCUACCAGAACUUCCUCAUCUGCAUCGAGAUGUUCUUCGCGGCGGUAGCGCUUCGGUUUGCGUUCCCACACACGGUGUACGCGCAGGGGUGUCUGCGCGACGCCAGCGGCCGCUCCGUCACCAUGCACAGCAUCUCGUCCAGCCUCAAGGAGACGAUGAACCCGCGCGACAUCAUGACCGAUGCCAUCCACAACUUCCACCCGCAGUACCAGCAGUACACCCAGUACAGCUCCGGCGGCGCGCACCGCAACAACCGGAGCGACCUGGACUACGAGGCGGCGCCCACCGACCCCAACAUGGCGCCGGCGCCGGUCAGCAAGAAGCAGGCCAAGACCAGCGUGAGCACCAUCAGCAACCAGCAACACACAGAGAAGUCGAUGCUGCUCAGCUCGGACGACGAGUUGCAAUGAACAAAACGGACUCCGAACACACCUCAUCCUAUUUGUACCUUGUACAUUUCCCAGCAAUCUUGCUACAGUCUGACACACACUUGGAUCUCGCUUCCGUUUUCCAUCGAGCAGCAAUUUUUUCUUUUUAGUCAAAGCAUUUUUUUUUCCAAAUAUAUUAAAUAACUAUGCAUUUUUUUUUUUUUUUUUUAUAAAUGGGCUCUCUAUGAUUUGGAAUCUUUAGUCUUUACAAUUUAGUCUAGGUUAAGGGGAGACUUGGUUAAAAUUCACUCUUUGUUACAUGUUGAUUUUGGACCUAUCGGGACCUAUGUUGUCGAGGCUGCAUAUAAUAUUUAUUGUGUAUAUUUAACGCUGAUUCUUUGUGAUGUUGAAAUGAGCUGCUUAUUAUAUCAGACACAUUUCCAGUCCAUGUUGAGGUGGUCCGAGGUCCACAUUUCGUCUUUAGUUUAAAAAGGUAUGGUUGAUUUAUGGGCCGUCGGACCUCUGCAAAGCAAGUCUUAAGUGUUAACUACUUCAAGGGUUUAAAUGUUGCAUUUUAAAGGCAAAAAUUUAAAUGCUGUGAGAAAAAAUGAUCAAGGUCAGAAUCAACAACACUGGUUUUAUAUCGUCAAGUAUCAAGUAAGCCUUGAUAGAAAAAUCUAAUAUUUUUCUUCAAGUGAUAAGACUUCCUCAGUUAAAUGGGCAAAAGAAAAGAGUAUUUUAUACUAAUUGGCAGGUUUGCAACAGUUUAAAAGUUUCGUCAAAGCUUACAAGAAAAUCAGAUCUAUGCAAUUGACCUUGCAAAAAUUCUACGAAAUGUCUAUUAUAAAAUAAAUUAUCACCAGCAAAUGAAUAAACGAGAAAGAAAAA